UGUAAUCAAAAUGGCGGACGAAGAUAGUAACAAACUCGACUCUGGUGAGGAAAUCGUGAUAAAACAAGAGGCAAUCAAAACUGAACGGAUAGAACGCCCUAAAAAGACUCAUCUAUUACAAUGGAUGGAGAUAACAGUGACCGAACCAGAGAAGAAGACCAUUGCAUCUAUGAAGAUGCAAGACACGUUUGUUGUAUACCUGAUAGAAACAAGGGUGACUGACGAGAAUAUGCAGGGAUAUGGCGAGGGUGCCACCUCCGUUUGGCGUCGCUAUAGCGAGUUUGAAUUGCUGCGUAAUUACCUUGAUGUGACCUUCCCAGCUGUGAUUGUACCACCACUGCCUGAGAAAAAGGCUACCUAUGCAUGGCAGAAUGUAUCCAUGGACCGUUUUGACCCAGACUUUAUUGAGAGGAGGCGAGCAGGGUUAGAGAUUUUUCUCCUGCGAUGUGCAGCACAUCCUAGACUUUGCCAAGACAAAAUUUUCAUGGGUUUCCUUCAGCAGGAGCAGGGAUGGAGAGACACAGUCAACGCGACUGAUUUCUACAGUAAGGCAGAGUCUCGAUUAAAGGCCCUAAAUGCUCAGUUCAGAUUGAAGAAGUCGGACAGGAGGUUUGAGGAGCUGAAGAACUACUGUACUGAGCUGCAGAGCAACAUUGGGAACAUUUUGAAGAUCAGAGCUCGCCUGUGUGACAAGUUGUACGGCAUCCACAAAGUACACAGCAACUACGCACGUGUCUUCAAUGAGUGGAGCGCGCUGGACAAGGAUAUAGCGGAGCACCUGCAGAGUGCCAGUCACUACAUGGAUGUGUUUGCUACAUCCAUUGAUGCUCAGCUGGAGGAGGAGGAGCAGUACGCAGACCAGCUGAAGGAAUAUUACGCUUUUGGAGACUCUGUCAGGUCGGUGUGUCGUCGGUACGAGUGUACCCAGUACGAUCUGGAGAAGGCAGAGGACAAUCUGGCUGCCAAACAAGGUCAAAGAGAAGCUCUGAAGCAGGCCAUGGCCGAGAGUCCCAGUUCAGAGGAGGCUCAGAACCAGAGCAAGGCGGGCUUCUCACUCUCCGGCAUGAAGUCCAAACUGUUUGGGGCAGACACUCCUGAGCAGAGAGAGGCCAAACUGAAGCAGCUUGACCAGCAGAUUGCUCAGGCUGAGACAGAUCUCAAGCGGGUUCAGGAAGAGGCCGAGCUGUACACGGGUCAGUCGUUGCGAGACAUUGACCGAUUCCAGCGACAGAAGACCAAAGACCUUCAAGAGAUCUUCACCAACUACGCCGUGCUGCAGAUUAAGCAGUGCAAAAAGGGUAUUGCUAUCUGGACCAGUGCCAAGGACUGUUUUAGUAAGAUGUAACUCCACCGACAAGAUAUUGUCAGAUCGAAUGCAAGGGAAGGAUGUGGCAUGGAUGGCAGAGAGGAGAUCUGGCAUCAAGCACAGAAAUGAGAUGUCACAUCAUCAGACUAAACUUACAGGACAACGACAGUUCGAUGGACACAAGAUAUAUCUGUGAUGGUUCACUGGAAGCUUCUGUCUUGGAAGAAACCAUAUUAGAGUGGUGCAAUUAUUUAUAAUGAGCUGUGUGUACUUGGGUUUUAUUUUCGUUUUCCAGACUUACGCUGGUGUUUAUGGUCGCUUCCUACAUUGUAGUAAUAUCUCCCCCGUCCCUCCUCCCCCCCCCCCCCCUUUUCCAAUGUCAUGCUGUCAUGUUGAAAAACUUAAUGAAGCGGACACAGUAUGCUGACAGACAAGGUAUUCCGUCUUGUCGCUUGGGCCACCACUGAUUGUUGAUAUUGACUGCAAUCACAUUUUUUUCUACACAUGGCCUAAUUUUCUUUUUUUCAGUUUCAUUCUGCUUCUAUGUUGCCAAUGCAUUCUUGUGUUCACCACAUAUCAGGAUGAUGUGUCUCUCUGGCUGUAACUUAUGCCUCAGAUCUCAAAGGAGGAUGAUCAUUUUGUAGUGGCAUUUACAGUAAACCAGAUGUUUUGACAAGCGCUAAGUUGUCAUAUGGUAACCCCAAUAUAACAAAGUGCUAUCUCAUUUACAUUCUCCUUUGAAAUAUUUGAGUUUAUAAUUUUCCCACACCAUAUCUUCUUUAAGUGAAGAACAAAGUUGACAUGAUUUUAUCUCAGACAGUAAAGGAAUGGGAGUUUUAACUUUUAUAUAUGGUGUAGAGGGAGUUCACAGGGAGGCCUCGGACACUGCAACUACAAGCACUAAAAAUUUAGAGUCAAAACCUUUUUAUUCUAGGGUUGCAACUUAUCGCUGUUGUAAGUCUCUCCCUUUAGUUGUGUGGUCAUUGGAUGUUGAUAUUUGACUCUUAAAUGAAGAGACACCAUGUGUACGUGGCGUCGGUGGCCUAAUGGUUAGGCGACCGGACUCGUAAUCGUGAGGUUGCGGGUUCGGGGGUUCUAGCCUUUCCAUUAAAUUACUUUACAACAACGAUGUUUUGAGAUAAGGUUUACCAAUGAACAUAAUAGUUUGCACAUAAAGACCCUUUGAGAUAAAAACACAUUUUUUUGGAGGGAGGUUUAUAAGUCUAUAUGAAAAUCCUGCAACACGUGCAAUAAUUGAAGGUACUUUUUUCGAAAAAA